AUGGGCACGGACUACUGGGCGGGCUUCCUCGCGGGCUCGGACAGGAUUUCUCUCGAUUCGCACCCUUAUUUCGCGUUCGACAACCUGGCGAACACCGAGCCGGUGAACGUCACCGCGGAGGGCCAGGACAGCACAGACGUGUAUGGCGGGCAAUGGCCCAAACUGGCGUGCACGUCGUGGGGCGCAGAGAUGAACACAAGCCGCAUCAACUUUGGAGUGACCAUUGCAGGCGAGUUCAGCGCCGCGAUCAACGACUGUGGGCUCUGGGUGCGCGGGGUGAACACCUCGGCCGCGUACGGAGGCAACUGCGAGUACUGGGAAGACUGGGAGUCGUGGAGCGACGAGACCGUCGAGGGCCUCAAGAUGUUCGUGAUGGCGAGCAUGGACGCGCUCGGAGACUGGUUCUUCUGGACCUGGAAGGUCGACAACUCGUCCACCAGUGGCACCGUUGAAGCACCGUUCUGGUCAUACAAGCUCGGGCUGGAGCACGGCUGGAUACCGAAAGACCCGCGGACCGCUUCGGGCACGUGCGAAUCGCUCGGAGUGACGGACACCAACUGGAACGAGUCCUACUCCUCCUGGGCAACAGGCGGCGCAGGGGCAAACGAGAUCGCCGCAUCUUCCAUAGCCACCUAUGGCGUGUGGCCGCCGGCGUCCAUCGCGAACGUGCCAUCCGCAUCGCAGUCGUAUUUGCCUCAGUACACGAGCACCGCGAAGAUCGUGAGCCUGCCCGCGGCGUCGACGUACACGGCCGCGACGGUGAGCACGGGUGACGGGUGGGCCGAGAGCAGCGACACGCGGAGCGCGCCGACGGCGAUCGCGGGGUGCACGUACCCUGAUGCGUGGAGCGCGGUGGACGCGACGAUCCCGACGUCGGGAUGCGGCGCGGUGGCGUAUGCGAAGCGCGAGGAGGUAGCCGUUCCCGUUCCCGAGCCUGUGGUCACUGCGCCGCCUGCACGGCGGUUCCCGUGAGCGCGGCGCUGUUCGGCUCCUGCGUAGCGCGUGCGAUGAUGAGUGUCACUGGGCACUGUCGGUGCGCGGGAGAAGCUGAUCGCGAUGGGGUGUCAGUGAUGUGACUCGGACUCGACGCGGUCCGAGUUGCGCGUAGAUGUGGCGAGGUUGGUUGACGGAGGAGGGAAGAAGGAAGGUGGCGAGACGGACGGACAUGCAUCGCCUCUCUCUGCGUAGACGCUCGCUUUGGAUUCUUGACUUUGCUGUCUGCAUACGCAUGCUUUGUUCCCGGCGCUGGAGUACGAUAUCACGACGUUCGUCCUACGCCGUGCCGCACUGUUUCUGUUCUAUGAUCGUACUUGCUAGCUUGUACACGUACCACAUCGUGACAUGAGGACUGUACAUAUUCUGCCAUACCUGCAGCCCAUGACUACGCUACACGCGAUGCGCA